UAACAUGCAGCCCAGGGAGAGGAUAGAAAGCUGUUCAUGACCUGGCGCGCUGGUGUGUUUUGCUAUCCAUUAAUUCUCGCCUUUCACCUCGUUUUAGUGACACUGAGUCGAUGAACUCGUAAGGGCAGGCCGUCGGAAUAGUAUCAAAUCAACACGCAUCGAUUCUUUACAGGAUAAAAAGGGCAACCAGGAGGGCGGGCGACGGAGAUCGCAUGCUGAGUCCUGUGCGCGCAUCCAGGCGGUCCGCGACGCACAAGCCUGGCUACAUGUGUGCGCACCGGCGCUCGUCGCUCAACUUCAAAUUCCCAAUUCAUCUGGAUAAUGUUCUAGUAGAAAGAGUGGGCUGUGAAACGGGACGAUUGCUGGUGAGACAAUGUUUUGGUUUCGUACCGUCUCCACACGUGGAUUUGGUUGCAUCCUCUUACUGUGACGGGAGACGGCGUUUCAGCAGCCACCAGGACCCACUCAGCACCCGUGGACGCCGAUAAGAAACUGUCGACGAGCGACGGAGGGGCCGACUCGUCCUUGGCGGCGCUGGAUCAGAGUCGGGGACACUAAGGAAUGUGGAACCUUGAUUUUGACUUCUUCAGAUCACCUGCGGAACUCUUCGCAGCUCACACCAAACCGACCUUCGGUGAACCCACAGGGCGUCAUGUUGAGACAAAUACUCCUGAACUCCACCGACUCCCCGGACUUCGACCUGGUGCUAAUGGCCCAGUCCACGACGCAAGCCCCUUCGUCCCUAAAUGCCUCCAAUACCGGCUCGGUGAGCGUGGCCGCCCUUCUAAGACCCACCACUGGAAGGGGCGGCGGCGGAGGGGGCCUCCGGGAGGGCGAGCUGCACAAACCGGACCUGAUCACCUACAUCGUCAUGUGCCUGCUGCUUUUCCUGCUGGUCCUGCUGAUUGUGUUCUUCAUCAACUGCCAGCUGCGGAACUCCUUCUUCGCCUCCAUGCCAUAUGACAGGUCAAUGAGAGAGGCCCGGACCUCCUACAAAUAGCUCUCCACAGGGACAAAGCUCUGGCAUUCAUGUUGUUUAGUGAACUUCUGAUGCACAUUUGCUGGAUCUCUUACCUGGAAUGUUAUCAGUUACGAUAGAUGCUGCCUGCAGGCCUGAAACUGACAUAUAAAAACACUUCAGUGUUGUGACAAGUGGAAAAAUUAAAUGGGGACCUCAGAAAUGAUUCAUUAAUCAUAGGCCUGUACUUUCUGCUAAUCUAAAUAACGAAACGUGAAACAAUCCUCUGCCAUGAUUCACCGGCAGCUCUCCACAAAACGGAAGCCAAUUUUUUCCAGGAUCCUCAUUCCAGUUAGUCGUUCCAGCAUUAACUCAUCCAACUGCUUACAAAUGCAGACAUGGCGCCUGCACUUUGCAUCACAGAACUGAGCCAUGGGCCUGUUUUCCUUCAUGAAAACAUGGCUCGCAAUGUGUCAACAUAGGAACUGCUGUUCUAGUCUGUACAAAAGUAUUUUGUUAUACUGUAACUGGACUGUCUUGUCUUGUAAAACAAUUAGGAUACAAUCUGAAAAGUUUUCAAAUGUAAAAUGAUCAAAUGACAGAUUAUAGUGGCAAUAUAUUGUUGUAUAAAGAUACUGAAAUGUCUUCUGUAGUUUUUUUGGUUGUGCACCUGUGACCGAAUAAUACAGGAGAAGAUGUUACAAACUGCUGACGUGACAGGCCAACUGUUUAUCAUUUAUUACACCCACAGAGGCAUUUACACACAGUGCCGCAAGACUGCAAGCCUUAUCACUUUUGUAAUUAACUUCUCAUAGACAAUUUUUUAGCUUCAUAACCAUCGUAGGGGAGGAAGACUUGUGGUGGAGUCCUGUGCGAUAAAGCAGACCAA